CGUUUUUGUUUGCUUUAACGCUUAUCUUCUAGUCGCGAAAGAUCGCCCAAAAAGAAUAGCAUCAGAUUGCACGAUUCUCACGACCUUCUUCAAUUUAAUAUUUUACGAAAGUUGAAUUCUAGUCUUGUACUGAAGAUUAGUUCCUCCCAACAUGAAGAAAAUUUGUCUGGUAAUUUUGUUAUGUAUUUGCUGCACUGCCGCUGUACCCGCAAACCAGCAGUACAGAUUGAAAAGAAAAGUUACUUCUGGAAGUGAAAAUGACGAAAAUGUCCUAGAAGCAACCACUAAAGAAGGAACCACUGCCGCUCCAGUACACUCGACUUCGGCCACGAUUGUCCAACAAUCGACAACCACCUUCCCAAAUAAUGCCACUUCUACGAAAGGGCGAGAAGAUAUAGCUAAAAGCGCUGUCGACUCUUCAAGCAGUCCGAGUAACCACCAUUUGCAAAAUGCACUGCCGAGCUCCAAUUUGCUUCAAGUUGAAACGAGAGUCGGUCAAAGUGAAGGAACAGAACUACCUCUUCAUGCUGAUGAAUUUAAGGUUAAAAUACUAGAACCGACCAAAACAAAUCAAUACUCAUAUCAACAAAACAUUGUCAAAACCCCAGAUUUCUACAUCGUAAAAGUGCCUCAUUACAUAAUAAUUAAAGAAUCAGAUUUUCUAAGAAACCAAGAUUAUGGAAUACCUUCGUUUACAGGUUCGUUUUAUCCUUUUCAAGAAAUUCCAAGUUUAUCGCACGACUUUUCAAUCGAUCACAGCGGCUUUGGAAUACAAGGAUCUUAUCCCAUUUAUCCAUUGGAAAUCCUAGAAAAUGUGGAGCAUUCUCCCAUUAUUAGUAUCGGAGAUCAUAUUCCAGGGAUAUCUGAUUUUGAGAGCAUUACCGGAGGAGUAGAAAUUCUUAAUGUAGACCCAAUAAAUGUUGAACAGCAGAAUGACCAAAUUGUUGACCACGAAAACGACUCGAUUGCUGUGGAGGCACUGGAGAAAGCAAACAAGAAAAAACAAUCAACUAAAAUUCCAGAAACUCUAACCGAAGAACCCAAUAGUAAACAAAACUAAAGCAACACAUUGUCCAAAAGAAACUUGAAUUGUUAAAAGCCUUACUGAUUGGAUACUAAUAAUAGACAUAGGAACACAUACAACGUAUCAAUGUAAAUGUAUCAGCUUAAAUGACCUACGAAUUGAAAUAAAUAUUUAGAAUGA